AUGCGGUCUUCAUUAUUAUUUUCUUCUCUCUGUUUACCGCUCUUCGGCUACGCUGCGCCUCAGAAAAAGGCAGCAGAUCCGACAGUUUCAAUCGCGUCUGGCACCAUCGUAGGAACGGCAACAGCGGUAUCAAAUCAACCGUCCGUAACCGGCCUUGCCAAUGCCUACCUCGGAGUACCGUAUGCAAAGAGUCCGCCUCUUCGCUUCGCGCCCCCAGAAGCUCCAGCAGCAUGGUCCACACCUCUGAAGGCUCAACAGCUACCUCCAGCAUGUCUACAGCAAUUUUUGCCCGGCUCCGAUGGAGAGAGAGAAAGAGAGUACUUCAACAAUCCCGGCCUUUCACCUCCUGCUGAGAGCGAGGACUGCAUGUACCUGAACGUGUUUGCGCCACAGGACGCCAGUCCAACAAAUCUGAAGGCAGUCAUGUUCUGGGUCUUUGGUGGAAACCUUCAGAUCGGAACGGCUUCCCUGGCAUACUACAAUGGUUCUUCUCUCGCUGUGAAUCACGACGUCGUAGUUGUCGCAAUCAAUUAUAGGACGAACAUGUUUGGAUUCUCCAACAGCCCGGAGAUCGCGGCGGGAAAACAGAACUCGGGAUUCCUCGACCAACGGUUUGCUCUGCAAUGGGUGCAAGACAACAUCAAACACUUCGGUGGUGAUCCGACGAAAGUCACAAUCUUCGGUGAGAGUGCUGGUGGAUAUUCGAUCAAGCAACUCCUGGCCAAUCCACCAAACCCUUUGCCUUUCCGAGCUGCUAUCAUGGAAUCGCAACAAGCUCUACGGGCUGGAAAUGGACUUGUCAGUUACAAUCAAGUUGCGGCCAACUUCGGGUGUGCUCUCGCUCUUUCACCACUUGCAUGUCUUCGAAAGGUUUCUGGAACCGCGAUUCAGCAGUACAUCUCUAACAAUAGUGUCGACUUUCCUCCUGUCACGAACGAUGGUACGGAUAGUGGCUCUCAGACCUUGCCAGCCAUCGAAUCCGGCAAGUUCGCCGAUGUUCCUAUCCUUAUUGGGACCAACAAGGAUGAAUUUACCGUCUUUCUGGCAAUUCUGGGCCUCAAUCCCCAGGUUAGCGGCGUCAGCUCCGCCGCACAAGCGAUCGCUCCUGCACUCUCCAACCAAGUCAUCACUGCGUUGACCAGCACCUAUCCGCAGAGUGUUGUGGAUGACGCAGAUGCGCUCCUUUCACGGUAAGCGAAAGACCAGAUAUCCGGUGUCUUUGCACAUCGCAAUGCUAUGCUGUUGCCCACCACCGCUGAUUCUGCGCUACUCGGGCCAGAAUCUCUGGGAAGAUGAUAACGCUCCACUGCGGAAAUAUACUGUGCCUUACAAGAUUGUUCUCGGCUAACUGUUGAUACAUCAGAAUAAUCACUGACUUCAUCUUCACGUGCACUACCUCGACGUUCUCCUCCGCCAUCGCCUCCGCCGGCCGCCAACCAGUCUGGCGCUACCGCUAUGACGCUUCGUUCGCGAACCUCCAAUUCUUCCCCAACGCGGGUGCGUACCAUUCCAGCGAGAUUCCGCUCGUGUACGGAACUUAUCUCAACAACCAAAACGGACCUGUCACACAAGAUGAAGUGCAAUUGAGUAUGUACAUGCAGAAUGCGUGGGCGUCUUUUGCGAAGGAUCCGAGUGGAGGUCCAGGCUGGCCACGGUUGGGGAGUAAUAACGGGGUGGAGCUGGGAGUGCUUGGAGGCACGAACAAAACGAACGGAGAGUCGACGCAGAACCUGUUGGUGGCGGAUUACCCGUGUGUGGUGCUUGAUCCGAUCCUCAUCGCCAGUGGAGAGGCGUAUUAG